UUCUCAUCUGAUAACAUAACAUCUCUUUGCUUGAAAUUCAUUUUCUUGAUUUCUAUACAGCGUACAUAGUUUAUGGUCACGUUGUGCGUCCGAAGAGACAGUGUCAUUGUGGUGAUCGGUAGUGAUGUGGAACUUUGGAAUAGUGAAAAUAUGACGAAAAUAAACCCCUUUCUAAAUGUUUUAUUUCCACUGUUUGCGAUACUUUUGUGUAUAAUAUCGCAAUGCUUAGCCGCGCUAUCCGACAAACAAUUAUGUUACGACUCCAAUUGUUCGGAACCCGUUUCAUUGGCCAAGACCAUAAUGGCUUACGUACCAAACGACCGUGAGUUGAUGUCAUUUGCGAACAAUGUAGAUGUUAAAGUUUUUAGCAAAGGUGCUGGAAAGAGGAUAGAUUUAUGGGGCGUCGAGAUAAAUGGCAAGCGUGGAUUUGUACCCAGAAGUUUUCUUAAAGAAUACAAAAUUCUAAGAGGUGACUUGUCCUAUGAAGUGCCUGUUCCUAAGUACACUGGCGAAGUAAAGAAAGUUCAAACCAACAAAUUUGAAUCUGCAGAGGAAGCGCAUAAAACACAAUCUCUAUUGACAACUCUUCCUUUAAAAAGAAAAUUGUCUCAUGAUGAUGAGGCAUUACCAUUGGAUAAAAUUGUAGAUAAAAAUGUACAAGAAUCUGAAGUGGUCAAUGAAAAUAGCAUAUUGUCUUCCUAUGAAGUAAUAGAUGGAACUACAGUUUAUUUCGAAAAUAAGCCAUCUGUACAACCAAGUUUUGUAUCUGAGGUUGCACAUGCUACUGCAUUACCAAGAAAACAAACUUCAGAUACUGAUUCUGAAGCAGAUGCUGGAUCAUCAUCUGACGAAAAUAUAUUUAUUAAUAGUAAUGAAUUACAAUCGGACACAGACACUGAUAGUAAUAAACUUGAAGGAAUUGAAUUACUGGUGGAAACUCAUGAAAACAAUACCAGCGAGAUACUGUUAGAAAGUUCUGAAACAAUAAUCAAUUCAAAUUUAGACGCAGUGAACAAGAAUGACAAUUUGGCACUUGAUAGAAGCAGUGAGUUUGAAGAUAAGUCUGAAAAUUUGAAACAUGAAAAAGCGAUAGAUGCUAGUGAGGAAAACAUAGAAGAUGAUAAGGAAGAGGAAAUUUCAGAAAACACUGAAACUGAAGGUAUAUUUGCUUCAUUAACGAAAACAUUUAAAAUGUUGUCUAACUCAGAGGAAGCUGAAUCAACAGAAAGCAUAACUACUCCAAGUAGUAUUGAUAUUCCUGCCCCUGAGACUACUACUGAAAGUAGUACUGUUUUGCAAGAGGUUUCAGAAGAUGUCAGAGUUAAAAAUACUGUAAUUGAAGAAGAAACUAUUCCAACUACUGAGAUAGAAAACACAAACAUUGAUGCAAGUGUUACAAGUAAAGAAAAACUAGAAAUACAGCAAGAAGUUAUGCAAAACGAUAUUGAGAGUACGAAAAUUUCGGAUGAAAAAAUGAAAACCGAACAAGAAGCAUCUGCUAUACUCUCGGAAAACGCUACAUCUUCUAGUGACGUGCCUUUAUCCAACAAUUUUGUACAUGUAAAUGCCGAUAACUCUGUCAAAGAAUCGCCAGUAGCAUCUUCAAUAGAUGAUAGCUCUGAUUCUGCAAAAACUGAGACUAAUAGUCAUGUUAAUAUCCAAGUAGAAGAAACAAGUAAAGAAGAGGAAGUUACAGAAAAUGUUUCGAUUGAAAAUGUAAUUACUUCUGAAGAAUCAACAGAAUCAUUUGAUUCACAAGAAACAUCUACAGAAAGCACAAUUCAAAGUAGCAAUGGUAUUCAUCAAAUAUUAUCAGGAAAUAUUAAAAUGCAUCCAGAAAAUGUAAAAAAGGAUGUUGGUCACACAGACACAACUGCACAAAAAAUUGGUGAAACUGAUGAAAUUGCAGAAAAUAGUAACUUAUCACCUGUCAAAGAAAUAGCAAAAGAUGUUACAAAAGAAUCAUUUCCUUAUAAGAUUUAUAAUUUCGGGGGCAAUAUAGCAAUUGCAAACGAGACAUUAGAUCACAAUGCUGCAGAUACUCAGCUUGCUGAGAAAUUAAUUGUACAUAAUAAUGUAAAUAAAAAUGAUAACUUAACUAAUGAUGCUAGCUUUGACAAUGUUCCUAUAGAACCUAAUCAAUUCUCUAAUGAUGUGAAACCUAGCAUUUCCGAUUCAGAGCAAUCUGCAGGUUCUAGUCAAAAAAGUAUGAUCUCAGAACGAAUAACAACUUUCAACGAAAUUCCUCAGAACCGAAAUUUAUUGAACAUUGAAGAAGAUUUGGAACAUAAAAAUAGUUUUGUACAUUUAGUUGAAGAUCAGGAUGUAAAUGACGAAGAAAUCUUGACCGAAUAUGGUAAUCAAAUAAAUAGUGAAGAUAAGAUUUUGUAUAAAGAUGACGAUAUCAAGGAGGAUAAUUCGGAGAAAUCAGAAUCAAAAUCUAUAUCAGAUGAAGUUUGCUCACUUGAUCACGAAUGCACAACCGAGAGUAUUGGUGGAUUUUUGGAACAAAAAGAAGAGCCUGAAAAUAAAGAAGAUAAUUUCCUUGACAUAAAAUUGGAUCAUAAUUAUUGGAAAACACUAAUAUAUCUAUGUGUAACAGUUUUCACAACACUCGUAUUUACUCUUGGAUAUUACUACAUUGAGAAUAUCAGAAGGGAUGGUCAACUAAUAGCGAGAAUUAAUAAACUCGAGAAAGAAUUAUUAGUCUCAACGAAAGAAAGUGAAGUGCUCAGCGAGAAUCUAAAAUCCACCAAAGACAAGUUGAAUUGCAUAGAAGAUGAAUCAUUUGGUUCUAACGAAAUGGUUGUAUCAUUAAAAACUGAAUUAGAAGAAUCACAGAUUGUAAGGGCGGAAUUAGAAGACCAGGUGACUACAUUGGAGAAAGAGUUAGAAAAUGCAUCAGAAGCUGGAUUAGAAAUCGAACGUAUGCUACGAGAAGUUUUGUCAUCAAACAAUGCGGUUAAUCCACUGGCUCAAUCAGUGGAAGAUCUACAAGCACGAUUAGAUGCUCAACAAGCCGCGAACGAAUCCUUAACGAACGCGUUGAAUCUCAAAGCUCAAGAGAUUGAGACAUUAACAAUGGAUCUCGUUACUGUUAAAAAGAAAUGUGAGAAGUUUGAAGUUGAACUUUCGCAAGCGCGAGACGAACUGGCGACUCAGAAAAAUCUGAAGAAUGACAUAGAAGAAACGCUAACGGAUAAAGUACAUAAUUUAGAAAAACAAAUAAACGAAGUGUCGACUGAAAAGUCAUCAUUAUAUACUGAAUUAAGAAGUAAAGAAAUAGAAAUUGAUGGACUAAAGGAAAUUAUUAGUCAUAUCAAGUCAAAUAGUUUAGACUUGGAGAAGUUGUACGACGUAUCUCACGUUAAAAUUGAAGCAGUACAACUGCGCGAGGAGAGAGACGAAUUAAAAAUGCGAUUAAAUGAUGUUGAGGGUGCUCAUCAAUUGCUAGAAGAACAUACAAAACUUAUCAAGGAAGAGAUAGCUGCAUUGAGUGAUCAAUGUAAAAUAGCUGAAAAAGAAAAGAAAGAAGCAGAGACAAAGCUUGAAGUGUUAGCAAAGUUCUUCAAAGAAAAAGAGGCUGAACGCCAGAAGGAAGAAGCCUUAUGGCUGCAGAAACAAGGAGAAGUCGUAUCCACGGUUGAAAGAAUACAUACAAUGCAAAAUGAGAUACAGAAUUAUAAGCAACAAAUAGAAAUAUUUAAACGAGAGAUUGUGGAUCAAGAGAAGGAAUAUAAAACUCAAAUAUCUGCUUUGGAAACUAAAGCACAUGAGCAAUGGGUUGCUGCUCGUCAGAACGAACGCCGUUUGGAGGAAUCGAAAGCCGAAGCCGGCCAAUUACGUAAUCGCCUUACACUCAAAGAGAAAAAUUUAUUAAAUGAUAGCGAUAUUGAAACCGAAUUACAUCGCCUGGAAGCGAAUGGGGACACCUCGCCAUUGUUCUUAAGAGCAGAAUCGUCCAAUUCUCCCAUAAUGUUUAGCAGUUCGGGCGUUCCACCACCCCGGCGGCCACCAUCUUAUCUACAUUGUUUCCCACCGUAUCUGCCGCCCUUACCACCCGCCGCGCCUGGUCUACCUCCGUACGAUAUCAGUCAACGUCCUCCACCUCUCGGCGGCAGAUUGUCGUCACCUCCACCGAUGCCGCCGCUACACCCUCCCGCUUCUCGCGGCAGAUAUGAGAACGCCGGUUCUCCGCCAUCACCGAUGUCUCCGCCGCAUUUACUUCCGCCGUAUAGUCGCCACAGAUCACCACCGCUUCCUCCAUUCGGUAGUGAUCAUAUCCCGCCUCCUCCUCUACCCGGUUCAAUGUUACCUCCGCCCCUCGACACGACGCAUCCAUGGGGGGAAGAAUCACUGCCGCCCCCGCGCAAUUCUGGUUUCCAUCCUCAUCAACGAGAUCAACGUAUGCGCAAUCAUAAAGGUUCCUUACAUUCUUCGGGAGAAUCAUUGGACAAGGCACAUCAUGGGAAAGUCUAAAUUUUGUAUCUUGCUAUUGAACAUUUGUACAAAGGCCAAAUCUAUCACUAUAACAGUGAGAGACUCAUUGUAUAAUAAUUUCAAAUAAAUAUGUAAUGGUGAUGCAAUUUUACGUUAAAUAAUAAAUUAAUAGAAUUAAUGUAUUGAUAUCAUACAGCCAUUCAUUAAACAGUAUCGUCUGUCAA